AUGGCCACGGCAAACUCUGCAUCUUCAUCAGCGCCAUGGCAUGCUGCGUAUCCAGCGCCCAGAAACUCGCAGCCGGAAGGUAUCCGUCGAGAAGAUGUAUUGGAGAUGAUGAAGCUUGGGGAAAAGAAGGCUGGCAUGAAUUACGUGCUGGUAGACUUGCGCCGCAACGACCAUGAGGGCGGGACUAUCCGCGGCUCGAUCAAUCUUCCUGCGCAGAGCUUAUACCCCACCAUGCCUACCCUGUACGCCAUGUUUAAAGCUGCUGGUCUGAGUAAAAUCAUGUGGUACUGCUCGUCUUCUAAAGGACGAGGUACCCGAGCAGCCGGCUGGUUCGCCGAUUAUAUCGAGGACCAGAAAGACGAGCAGAUGCAGAGUCUAGUGCUGGUUGAGGGUAUCAAGGGAUGGGCAAAAGCCGGUGGGGAGUAUGCGCAGUGGAUGGAUGAGUAUGACGACGAGUUCUGGGCGAAGGCCUGA